CUGAACUAGCAAAUAUGAGAAGUACUACUUCAUUAAGAUCUUUCUUACUAUUACCCAUUUCAAUAUUAUUAUCUUUCAUUGUCUUCUCGAACGCGUUGGCAAUAACGCAUGUAGAUUUCCUUACAUGCAUUUCCCUUCAUUCUAAAACCACUUCCAUACCGAUCUACACCCCGGAAAAUGCUAACUAUACAUCUGUAUUGCAGUCCAUUAUUUCAGUGUUAAGAUUCAAUUCAUCAACCACUCCCAAACCCUUCCUUAUAUUAACACCUUUGGAAGAAUCACAUGUUCAAACCGCUGUAAUUUGUUCUAGAAAUCACGGGAUUCAGAUGAAAGUUCGAAGCGGAGGACAUGACUUUGAAGGACUUUCAUAUGUAUCAGAUGUCCCAUUCAUUAUUGUUGAUUUGUUCAAUCUCCAUGAAAUCAACUUGGAUCUAGAGAAUAAACUAGCUUGGGUUCAGUCUGGCGCAACUACAGGUGAACUCUACUAUAAGAUUGCGGAGAAAAGCAAUAUUCUCGGUUUUCCUGCAUCAGUUUGCACAACGGUAGGUGUUGGAGGGUUAAUUAGUGGAGGGGGGUACGGGGCCAUGUUCAGGAAAUAUGGCACAUCAGGUGAUAAUGUCAUUGAUGCUAGAAUAGUGGAUGUGCAUGGUAGAAUACUUAAUAGAAAAUCCAUGGGAGAAGGAUUGUUUUGGGCCAUUAGAGGAGGUGGUGGAGGUAGUUAUGGAAUCGUCCUUUCAUGGAAGAUAAUAUUAGUAACUGUACCACCUACGGUAACGGUCUUCAGAGUGGACAGAACCUUAGCAGAAGGUGCAACUUCACUUGUUCGUAAGUGGCAAGAUAUUGCACAUAGACUUCCUCAGGAGCUUGCCAUAUUUGUCUCGAUAGGUGUAGCAAAUGCUACUCCAAAAGAUGAAAAAACUGUUAGAGCAACAUUCACGUCCCUAUUUCUUGGGGAUGCUAAAAAGCUUAAAAUUGUGAUGAAGGAGACAUUUCCAGAAUUGGGUUUGAAGAACAGUGAUUUUAUUGAAAUGCGUUGGAUUCAGUCUGUACUUUUCUUAGAUAACCUACCUACUAACAGUUCCAUUGAUAUUUUAAGGGGUAGGUCAACCGUGAAGUCAUACUUUAAGGGAAAAUCUGAUUAUGUAAGACAACCCAUUUCACAUACAGGUCUAGAAUUGAUGUGGGAAAGAUUGUUAAACGAUGAGCUAACUGGUAUGAAUUUAACGCCAUAUGGUGGAAAGAUGAGCGAAAUUGCAGAAUCUGAAACUCCUUUUCCACAUAGAAGUGGAAUUUUAUUUAAGAUUCUCUACUUCGCUGCGUGGAAUGAAAAACAAGACGCAUCAUCUGAAGAGUAUAUUAGUCGCCUAAGAAAAAUGUAUGAAUUCAUGACUCCUUAUGUUUCCCAGUCUCCAAGAGAAGCAUAUGUGAAUUAUAGAGAUCUUGAUUUGGGUCAAACGAGUAAAAAUGGCACAGCUAGUUACUCACAAGCCAAGAUUUGGGGCACCAAGUAUUUCAAAGGUAACUUUGAUAGAUUGGUAUACGUGAAGACUAAAGUCGACCCAGAUAAUUUCUUUAGAAAUGAACAAAGUAUCCCAAGUGUUGCAUUUUAAUGAUUUAAGUUGAUUACAUAUGUAUUGUAUUUGUGUGUGCUAAUAAUUAUCUCAGUUAUCUUUGAGUGAAUAAUACAAGUCCAAGAAAUACUUAAGAAUA